AUGCCUAUGAAGGGUGUGCGACGUUUUGGAGUAUCAGGGAAGCUUAGCCCACGUUAUAUUGGACCGUUUGAGAUAUUGAGGAGAGUUGGAUCUUUGGCAUAUGAGUUAGCUUUACCACCUCAAUUGGCUCACGUUCAUAAUGUGUUCCAUGUAUCGAUGUUAAGGAAAUAUGUUCCCGAUCCACAGCAUGUGAUUGAUUAUCAGUCGCUUGAGGUUAGUGAGGAUGUGUCCUAUAAGGAGAUGCCCGUCAGUAUUUUGGAGCGCAAGGAAAAGAUUUUGAGGAACCGCUCAAUUCCACUUAUCAAAGUGCAAUGGCAGCGACACUCUCAAGACGAGGCAACUUGGGAGCUAGAGGAAGAAAUGCGACGCCGAUAUCCCUCCUUGUUCGAGUGA